AUGCCCGGAAUCAAGAAGUGGUUAUCGAAGCGGCUCGGUGGUAAUUCGUUCUCCCGCAAGCGAGAUGCCGUGGUCAAGGAAAAGUCCGAGAGUGUGACUACCAUGAGUGAACACACAGACGUGGCUCUUGCCAGCAUGGAACAACAAGACAGAACCAAAGAUGUUGAGGCUGUGGAACGGUGGAUUGAGAUGUGGCGUCAAAAGAGGCUGGAUGAUGUUGUGGCUCUUUCAUGUCCUGACUGCCAGUAUCAUGUGACUCUGGAUGAUGGUGAAAUGCUGGAAGUGAAACUCCAAGACUUUAUUGACCAAAUGAAGGAUACCUAUGAGUCCUUUCCGGACUAUGAUACUGCUUGGGAAUCGGUGGAGCCGGACGCAACCAAUGGUGCCAUUGUCAUCAGGAACUUUACCAGCAAAGCUACCCACACUGGAAAGCCCUUUGCCUUUGGGCCUUAUCCUGCCAUUCCUGCCAGUGGAGCAGAGAUUCACGAUGAUGCCAUUUCCAUGUAUAUUUUCCUCAAGGAUGGAAAGCCAAUCUAUAUCAAGACUGCUUUGGAGGGUGUGCAAAUAGGACCUGCUGCGUACUACACACAGAUUGGAGGCAUCAUCAUCUAA